AGUUGGCUUUGGCUUUACCUCUUUCGAAUCGACAUGAAAGCCCCUUCCACUAUUUUCCUCAAAGGCAACCUUCCUUCUUCCGUUUUACUCCUAAGAACCUUCAAAGGAACACCCAAUGUCAAAAUUCACCCAAUCAUGUGCUUCUGUAAGGGUAUCCAAACUGAUUCAUAUGAAAUUGCAAAUGGAAGCUAUCAUCCCACUCUGCACCACACAAAGCAAAACAACACUGUGGAAAAGCCUUCUAGAAAAAUUGAAUCUAUUGGAGCGUUUCAGAAGUUGCCCAUAGUGAUGCCUUCUAUUGACAUUCUUGGCUCGGCACUGAGGAAGGCCAAGAGGAUAUCUCCAACGAAAGGAAUUGCCAAUAUUGCAAAAAGGGAGAAAAACAAGGGUGCAAAGCAACUUGAUGCAUUGAUGAAAGAACUUACUGUUCCGUUGAGGACAUAUGUCGAGAAUUUUCCUAAUAAAGCAUAUCUUCAUCCUUAUGAGAGGUCUCUUAUUGAGCUGACGCUUGGAGAUGGAUACUAUGAACAGGUGCUACGAAAGGUAGAUGGUUUAAGGAAGAGGGUAGUAUCUGUUGGAAAGGAACAUGCUUCAUUUUGUGCUAAGUCUUCGUCAAAGCGAGAAGCAGAGGAAAGACUGAAUGAGGGUCUUAAGAAAAUUGAAGAGAUUUUUGCCGAAGAACGGAAAGUUGUUGAUGAUUUGUUAGGCAUAGCCAAGACUCUAAGGGCAAUGCCUGUAAUUAGUUUGGAAACACCAACUCUCUGCCUUGUUGGAGCUCCUAAUGUUGGAAAAUCUUCUUUGGUCCAUGUACUUUCUACUGGCAAGCCUGAGAUUUGUAACUAUCCCUUCACAACAAGAGGAAUUCUUAUGGGUCAUAUUAUUUUAAACUAUGAGAAAUUUCAGGUAACAGAUACUCCAGGCCUGCUGAAGAGGCAUGACGGGGACAGAAAUAAUUUGGAAAAGUUGACUCUCGCUGUCCUUUCACAUCUUCCGACAGCAGUUUUGUAUGUUCAUGACCUUUCUGGGGAGUGUGGCACCUCACCUUCUGAUCAGUUUUCAAUAUACAAAGAAAUCAGAGAAAGGUUCACUGGACAUUUGUGGCUUGAUGUUGUGUCAAAAUCAGAUCUGUUGAAGAUGUCUCCAGUGGUCUAUGCAACAGAGGAACUUUAUCCCACUCAAUUUGAGCUCCAAAAAUACCGGAAAUCAGGUCCUGAUGGAGCUAUUAAUGUAUCUGUGAAAACACAAGAAGGGCUACAUGAGCUGAAGCAUAGAGUGCAUGGACUGCUUAAUUUGCAGAUGUCCAAGAUAAAAAAUAUGAGCAACAACCAAGAGAAGUGAAAGGUCACAAAAGAAGGGCAAGGUGCCAUUCUAAGGGUAUAUCUAAUCUGUGAGGAAACUUCUUGGUCAAAUAGGGAAGUUGAGAUCUUCAUGAAUAUCUUUGUAAAUUAAGUCAGCAGCUCUUUGGCCAGCCUCCAAGCAGGAAAACAAGCAAAGGCUUUGUAGAGUAAAUUGACGAGGAGACUGAGCAUGUAAAACUUCCAGAAAGUGUUUGGCCACCUAUUUGGCUUUGUUGAGGGGAUCUUGUUUCCAACCGUAUCGAACCUUCUGAAGAAACUAGAAAUGCUUCCUUAUUGGCUAUCGUUCCAGGCAUCUGGCCAUGGUAUUUAAAUUUGUUGUCGUUGAUUGUGACCAUAAUGUAUCCAUGUCCAUUGUCAGAAGUCGUCUUAAAUUGGUUAAUAAAAGUAUUAUUAUUAGUAUUU